AUGCGUCUAUUGAGUGUCUACGUGUUGCUCUUCUUGUUGGCGGUGAUCUCUGCUCAGUUAAUGUCCUCCAACAUAGAAAACAACGAUGAAACAGGAAUAUCUGACGGCGUGGCAACGUUGCGUGUCAAACGACAACCUUUUCCAUGGAUAGGUCCGUGGGGAUGGGGCCGUCCCUGGUGGCGUCGACCUUGGGGAUGGGGUCCUCCAUGGUGGGGACCACGGAGAUGGUGGAGAGGUCCAUGGGGCCCAUGGGGUCCAUAUUAUGGACCGUACUAUGGACGUUGA